AUAGUGGAAUCUGUUCGUUACGAUUGUUUCUUGAAGGUUCCGAGAAAAUCAGCUGCGCAACAUCUUCGCUCUUCGGUUCGGUUUGUGAGUUCCCUCUCUCUGGAAAAUGAUCACUGCUUCCAAUUACAGUGUUCACUGCGCAAAUCCAAUAAAAUUUCAGUAUAGUUACGGCGGCAGAAUUGCGCCUCGUGCUUCCGAUGGCGUGCUCCGCUAUGUCGGCGGCUACACAAGGAUUUUGUCCGUCGAUCGUUCCAUUACGUUUUCUGAAUUGAUGGUGAAGUUUGGGGAAUCGUGUGGAUUUUCCGUGGAUUUGAAGUGUAAAUUGCCAAAUGAAGAUUUGGACGUGUUGAUCUCGAUUAAAUCGGACGAGGAGCUCAGGAAUGUGAUUGCAGAGUACGACAGAGCCGCGCCAGAUGCGAAAAUCAGAGCGGUGCUUUUCCCGAUCAAAUCUGCGAAGAAAGUUUCUCCUCCAUCCUCUCCUUUGUCGUGUUUUGAUUUUCCCUCAGCUGCGCUACCGCAGCAGAAAUCAAGGUCGCUCUGGAUGCAAUAUUACCCUGCAGCGGUCGGCUAUCCUCUAAGCGCUUUCCGAUAGCCGGAUUAUGUAUGGAGAUCGAGUCACAAGGUACCUGCAUCAAUACUAACUCAUCGUCAUUCCUUCGGUCCUUUCUGUAUUACCAGUAUAUAUACAAAAAAUGAAUUUACACUUAGAGAUUCCAAUUUGUUUUUUAAGUUUUGGAAUUGAAAUUCAGAAAGAGGUGUAAGUUCUUCCCGACGUUCUCCAAUAUAUUAUAUCGAUUUGCUUGUUGUCGACAUCAUUUAGGUUUCAAUCUGUUCAUAAUUCAUACACUACCGAUCUGUUAGAUCGAAACAGCCGCCGGCGAGCCAUUUUAAUUAAUUUAUACGUACCGUUGUAUUUCAUUUGGUGUUAGUUGCCGCCGUUUAUGGUUUUCCGGCUGUUCGCGUCUCUCGCCGGCAGAACCGCCGCAGCGGAUUGACUGAGUUUUAUAUGUU